GAGCGAAUAGAAGGUUUGGGGGCAAGCGUUAAUCUCCGACCUUGGCUUGCGUGGGAUUCGCGGUGCAAGAUAUUCCGUUGAUAGCGUGCAAGCGUAGAGAGUGAAUAAUUGAGAUAGAUAAUGGAGAAGCGGAGAGUGAAUAAUUGGCUAUCGGCAGAGGUGUUGCGGCACCGUUUUUGCGAAUUGGCGUUUCUGGGGAUGGGAGAUCCCGACUGUUAUCUCUAGUUAUCUCUACAAUGUUGGCUGAACCGGGAAAUUGUCUUGAGCCUCCAUCCAAGCUCAUGAGUCGGGCUGGGUUUAUUAAGCUAUUAACCUUUCCCUCGUCCUUCAUCGUCAUCCUCAUAUUUUCUUCCUACCUGCUCCUAUCUUGUUCUUUGCUCCGUCUCAAAUUCUCCGGCUGCUGGCCUCUUGAAUCCUUGUUAUCUUUAUCAAGCUCAUAGCUACCGACACAUCGACAACCACACCCACUUAGGGAUCACAGGGUUUCCUGUUCAGCGUUAACAUAAACAGAGGUAGAGAGGUUAUCUUGAUAAGGAAUAAACAUGUCCAACUUGCCCAUGGAGCCGGAGUUCGAGCAGGCCUAUAAAGGUUAGUACUGAUACGAUGACGUACCUUGAGUCGAUCUCGGUGAGAAAUAGUUGAAGCCAGGACCCUAACAAGGUGACAUAUAUAGAGCUCGCUUGGACACUUGAGAACUCGAGCAUCUUCCAGAAACACCCGGAAUACCGGAAGGCACUGCUCGUUGCCUCCAUCCCGGAGCGAAUAAUCCAGUUCCGUGUCACAUGGGAGGAUGACAAGGGCGAAGUAGGCUGAUUCCAAUUCAUAUGCGUAAGGUAGAUGAAGGUGCUGACAAGCUGGUGCUAUAGCUGCAGGUCAACCGGGGCUACCGGGUGCAGUUCAACUCAGCCCUGGGUCCGUACAAGGGUGGUCUGCGAUUCCAUCCAACAGUUAACUUGUCCAUCUUGAAGUUCCUGGGCUUUGAGCAGAUCUUCAAGAAUGCUCUCACAGGCCGUACGUAUCCUCUUCAAUGAUAUUGUUUCUAACAGCUAUCGAGAGUGGCCGGGCUAAUCUAAUAGCUGUAUGGUAGUGAACAUGGGUGGUGGUAAAGGAGGCGCCGAUUUCGAUCCAAAGGGGAAAUCUGACAACGAGAUUCGGAAGUUCUGCAGCGCAUUCAUGAUGGAGCUAAGCAAGCAUAUUGGCGCGGAUGUCGAUGUGCCGGCUGGUGACAUCGGAGUUGGUAGUCGAGAGAUCGGGUUCCUCUUUGGCGCUUACAAAAGGCAGAGGCAUAUCUGGGAAGGAGUGCUGACCGGAAAGGGAAACAGCUGGGGUGGAAGUUUGAUCCGACCCGAGGCAACGGGCUACGGCCUUGUCUAUUAUGUCCAACACAUGAUCAAGCACGCCACGAAUGGCUUGGAGAGCUUCGCAGGCAAGCGGGUAGCUAUAUCUGGAUCAGGGAACGUGGCUCAAUAUGCCGCUCUCAAGGUGAUCGAGUUUGGCGGCAUUGUCGUAUCUCUCAGUGACAGCAAGGGCAGCUUCAUUGUCCGGGGCGGCAAGGACUCCUCCAUAACCCCCGAGGAGAUCCGCUUGAUCAUGGCACUCAAGGAUGAGAGGAAGCCGCUAUCCGGCAUUGCGAGCCAUAAAGCCUUCGCCAGCAGGUGUGAAUAUAUCGAGGGUGCAAGACCAUGGGUUCACGUUGGCAAAGUGGAUGUUGUGCUUCCAUGUGCAACUCAGAACGAAGUCUCAGGUGAAGAGGCCAAAGUACUUGUGGCUAACGGCGCACGCUUUGUCGCCGAAGGUUCCAACAUGGGCUGCACGUUGGACGCCAUUGAACUCUUCGAGGCGCACAGAAAUGAACAUAAGCGUGACCAGGGCGCAGUGUGGUACGCGCCUGGAAAAGCAGCAAAUGCGGGAGGAGUUGCAGUCAGUGGGUUGGAGAUGGCUCAAAACUCCCAGAGACUGACGUGGAGUGCAGAGGAAGUGGACGGGAAGUUGCAGGCUAUCAUGAAGGAAUGCUUUGAGACUGGACUGAGGACGGCGAAUGAGUACACGGAGGUAGAGGAUGACAAACUGCCGUCUCUUGUGGCAGGAAGCAACAUUGCAGGUUUCAUCAAGGUAUCUGAAGCCAUGCGAGACCAUGGUGAUUGGUUCUGAACAAAAGAAAGAGGCCUUCCUUCCUGCUACUCUUCUUUUUCUGAAAACUUUCGGCGGUUUUUGUUGGCGUUCUGGUGCCAUUAUCCUGAUCAUUUUCCGUUCUUACACUGUGGUUCCUUCGUCUCGGGCUGGGUAUUUGACAUGGCAGAUACCUUGAUUUUUCUUGUAUGCACCGAAUGGACAUAUCAUGGCGUGGGACUCAAAAUGUCAUAUUUUCCUUGCCCGAGCGCAACACACCCAAGAUUGCACAUGUACGACAUUCCAUUUUUUCCAUCGAGGCACCAAAUCUUAUUUCCAUUGCUUUUUUUUUUUAAUGUUUAUUUUCUUUCCUGUUUCUUUAGCGUAUGAUGUUCAAGUGACAAUUGGUGACAUGUUCUAUUUUUGAGCCCAAGUUUUCUUCUUUUCUCUCUCGUUUGGCGGAGACUUGCAGGGCAUUUUUCUUAAUAGGGCGCGUGUUGGAAUCCCACAACUGGUGCUCUCCGUAACCAUGCAUGAGAUAAACGAGCGUGCAUGGGAAGACUUGAUGGGCUGUAAUAAAAGUAAGUAUCAUCAUGACCGUAUAUAUACCGGCAGUCGCAGUCUGCGCUCGCUCCGAGAUACGAAAGCGUAAAAAUUACGCGCUGGAUGGCGAGGGC